GUCAAAGGGUUUGAGACUUUUGUGGCAAACCUUAUCAAGUGUAGAAGCUUUUAAAAAUAGUUGGGCAACCAAAAGACAAGAGAACUAUACCAAAUUUCAGAUAAGGAACUAUAGUGUGGUGGUCCAUCGUAUUAGCAGUUGUUAUGUCACUCUGCCGUAUGAUAAAAUAAUUUGACUUAUUUUUGCAGAGUUGUUGUAGUAAACUAAUGUUACAUUAUCUUCUUACCAAUUAGAACUGAUUGUUUUUUUUUGUCUCCACCUGGUUUGUUUACCCACACAGAAAGUAGCUAAGGCUUUAAUAUGUUGUCCAAGUUAACUAAUAGAGUUAUGUUACCGUAUUAAAUGUUCUGUUUUGGCAUUAGUGGAUAUAUAGUUUAAGUGAUUGGAUUUUGAUAACUAAAAUGUUGGGUAUGAUCGAGCGAGUAUUUGAGAUACAGUAUAUAUAGUUCGGAUCAAGUUGUCCAACAAAUAAAUAUGAUUGAUCCCAAAUAAAAAGGAGAAAAAAAAAAAAAAAAGUGAGUGUUAAUGAUCCCAUCGAAGCCACUCAAGUCUCAAUCUACUCUAUGAAAAAAAUGGUAGACCGCUAAACCAACUCACCAAACACUCACCUCAUCAGCUCAAAGUAACUUCUUCAUCCCCUCCUCUCUAUAAAUCAAUGAUAAUCUCUAGUUUGGAUAUUAUCAACUUUCCCACAUAAAGUAACCAAGAAUAUAAACAGAGGAUAACCAACUUUUUGUUUUAAAGAAAUGGGUAUUAUAGAUAUGGUUUUUUUUUGGGUGUUAUUGGUCAAUGCCCUUCUCAUUGUUAAUGCCUCUUCAAGAAAUUUGCCAUUUGCUUACCAAAAUGAACUUCAAAGGCAUUGUAGCUCCACAAAGUACACUUCACUUUGUGUCCAAAACUUACGAGAGUUUCGACAUGGAUCUCUUGACGGUCUCGACUUUGUGUCAGUUCUUGUUAACAAGACUAUCUCUGACUCCAAUCUGCUAAUUCCUCCUCUCUCCUCUUCGAUGGGUUCCUCCGAACUAGUUUCUCUGGAAGAUUCCACUUAUACUUUGCCUUCACCUUCGGUCUCAGAUUCUUGUGAACGGCUCAUGAAAAUGUCCACAAGACGACUUAGGCAAGCCAUGGAAGCUCUCAAUGGCUCAUCGAGAAAGCGUCACACCAAACACGACGUCCAAACAUGGCUCUCCGCCGCCAUUACUUUCCAACAAGCUUGCAAAGACUCCAUCCUUGACUACCGUGAAACCUCCCCCUCCGCUGCCAUCAGCCACAUAAAACAAAAGAUGGAUCACCUCUCUCGGCUCGUCAGCAACUCCUUGGCCCUUGUCGACACAAUCAUGCAGAAUCCAAAGCCAAAGACAAAGUCAACUGGUCUUCCCCGAUGGGUCACUGCCGGAGAAAGGAGACUUCUGGCAGGUAGAGCAAGAGCACACGUGGUAGUCGCCAAAGACGGAUCCGGAGAUUACCGGACCGUGAUGGAGGCUGUCACGGCUGCCCACGCAAAUGGCAGGUUCAUAAUUUACGUGAAAAGAGGGGUUUACAAAGAGAAAGUAAGAAUCCAUAAACAUGAGAUUACUUUGAUCGGAGAAGGCAAAGACGAGACGGUGAUUGUUGGCGAUGAUAGUGCCACCGGAGGAACUUCUGUCCCGGACACCGCUACAAUGACGGUUACGGGUGACGGAUUCAUCGCACGAGAUAUCGGAAUCAAGAACACUGCAGGACCUGGAGGACAUCAAGCCAUAGCAUUAAGUAUCACAUCAGACCAAUCAGUGUUAUACCGAUGUAGCAUCUCUGGUUAUCAAGACACACUUUACGCAGCUGCCUUGCGUCAGUUCUAUAGAGAAUGUGAUAUAUAUGGAACAAUAGAUUUCAUAUUUGGAAACGCAGCUGCGGUUUUUCAAAGCUGCAACAUAUUCUUGCGUCGCCCUCAUGGUGUCAAGGCCUAUAAUGUUAUUCUCGCUAACGGGAGGACGGACCAACUUCAGAAUACCGGAUUUGCACUUCAUAGUUGUAGGAUCCGGACGGAUUCAGAUCUUUCGCCGGUGAAACAUAUGUAUAGCUCUUACUUAGGACGGCCCUGGAGAAAGUAUUCGAGGUCUAUAGUGAUGGAAUCGUAUAUUGACGACGCGAUAGCGGAAGAAGGAUGGGCCGGGUGGUUAGACUCCGGAGACGAAGUACUAAAGACAUUGUACUUUGGAGAGUUUAAGAAUUAUGGUCCUAAAGCUAGGGUUUCCAAGAGAGUGACGUGGGAAGGGUUUCACUUGAUUGGGUUUGAAGACGCAAGUUAUUUUAGCGUUGGUAAAUUUCUUAAUGGAGUUUCUUGGUUGCCCUCUACGGGAAUUAGUUUCACUUCUGGGAUUUAGUGAAAAAAAGUAAAGAAAAGAAAAGGAGAAGACGUCACUAAUGGUUUUAAGUAUAAGAUUAAGAUUAAGAUACAAUACAGAGAUUAGAAUCGAAUGUAAAUUCAGUGUGAUAUGGUCAUGACUAUAUAUGAAAUUAAAUGUAAGACUUUUUUUUUCCU